AUGUGCGCACGUUGCCAGCUGCCGCUCCGCAACGCUGCCGGCGCCUCCUCUCCGACCGUUGCUGAGCUCGCGAAACGAAUCAACAUCCCGCUUGCGCCAAACAGUCCGCCGGGCUUAAUACAGGCUCUCACGGUCGAUCCAUGGUCGCAGUCGGGCAAAUAUGGCUUGGGAUGGACGUACUUCGCCCUCGCGCUCGGGGGCAUGGCGGUGUUCAUGAGAGUCUGGCACUACUGGCAAGACAAGAUCCGGCAGGCCAUUUAUAAGCAGGACAUGGAGCAGCAUUUUCGGAACCUGUAUUCGCUGGAACCAGAAUGGGACAGGUCGGCGGCGCUGGCGACGGGCGUCACAGCCUCGGAAUCAAGGCGGCAUUUCUUCCCGGACGAGCCGCACAUCCAGGAGAAGGCCUUCAAGCCAAAGGCGCAUUUCUCAUCCGUCAGCUUCGUCAACGACACCUUGGCCCUGUUCCGAUGGGUCUUCUACCGCCCGAUCCCGGAUAUCGUGUGGAGGAAACGCCGAUUCACCUUUUCGUCCCUCGCCGUGCUCAGCUGCGUCUUCAUCGCGCUCACGUUUGUGACCAUCUAUUGCUUCUUGCAGCAGCCUCUUUACUGGCAGAGUAUCCGAUUCGGGUCACCACCGCUGGCCAUUCGCUCGGGCAUGAUCGCUGUCGCUAUGACGCCCUGGAUUGCCGUGACCAGCACCAAGGCGAACCUCCUUACCCUGAUCACAGGCAUCGGGCCAGAGCGCCUCAACGUCUUCCACCGCUGGCUGGGCUACCUGUGCCUCUUCCUCUCGCUGGUUCACAUGGUCCCGUUCUAUAUCCAGCCGGUUUGGGAGGACGGCGGAAUGCAGGUGUUUGAGGCCCUUUUUCCUCCCGGGAGCGGCAUCAUCUAUGGAUCCGGAAUUGCCUGCCUCGUCCCUCUCGGCUGGCUCUGCGUGGGCUCCCUGCCUAUUAUCCGCAGGAAGGCAUACGAAAUAUUCUCCCUCCUGCACGCGCCGGUUGGCUACAUCUACGUCGGCGUUCUCUUCUGGCACACCAAGAACUUCCUCAUGUCAUGGGGCUACCUAUCUGCGACCGUCGGUAUCCUUGUCUUCUGCAACCUCUUGCGCCUAUUCAAGCUGAACUGGACUAAGCCGUGGCGUAUGGCAUGGCUUGUGGGGGAUGAAGCCGCUAUCAACAUCAUGACGGAGAACGCCAUCAAGAUCACUAUCCCCACCCAGAUGCGGUGGAAGCCUGGCCAAUACGUCUAUCUCCGGAUGCCGGGUAUUUCGCUCUUCGACAACCACCCCUUCACCAUCUCGUCUUUGUGCAGUGAGGAUUUCCCUUCCGAGUACGGCGAGGAGUAUCGAGACUGUGUGCUCGUCUUCCGCCCGUACGGUGGCUUCACGCGCAAGGUGCUCGAGACGGCCAUUGAAAAAGGGCCGUUCCACACCUACCGGGCCUUCCUUGACGGGCCUUAUGGUGGAAUGCGCCGUGAACUGGCGGCAUUUGAUACAUGUAUCCUGAUCGCCGGCGGGAGCGGCAUCACGUCGCUCAUGUCGCAGCUCUUGAAUCUGAUCAAGCGCAUGCGGGAUGGCAAGGCCAUCACGAAGAAGAUUGUGGUGGUGUGGGCACUGAAGCGGCUCGAAGCCAUGGACUGGUUUCGCGAGGAGCUCCGGAUUUGUCGCGAGGCGGCACCGCCAGAGAGCGUUACCUGCAAGUUCUUCGUCACGGCGUCGGUGAGGCAGAAGCCCAACCCUGCUGCCCACCAAGGCCGGGCGCCCAGGCCUCUCAGCAACCUGUUCCACGACAAGCUGGACGGCUUCGUGGCAGGCAUCGCUAGCAAGCGCAACAGCGCCCUGAUCAUGGCCGAGGCGCAAGGCGACCCGGAGCGGGAGCGCGAGCUACGGCGCGAGGACGAAGAUCGCAUCACGGCAUUACCGCAGCAAAAAUAUCUGCAGCCGCAUGCCUUCCCGCCGCCGCCGCCCGGCCCGCCUCCCAACAUGAGUGGGCUGUCACCCUCGGACGAGGCACUCCGCAAGCUCGAGGGCCGCGACAGCGAGUGGAAGACGAUCGAACCUGCCGCCUCCAGCCAUCAUAGCAAAAAGAGCGAUGGCGAAUUCCAUUUCCCACCCCUGGCACCGCGGGUAGACGGCAUGCCUCACUUCAACUAUGCUCCGCCAGCAGCAAGGCAGCGCUACAGCCAAAUCCUCGCCGAAGCAGAACCCCGCCUAAGCCAAGCAGGCAACAGCGAAGUUCACCCUCCCAACGACAUGACCAUCACCACCAACGACCAACCCACAGAAGACGGCAACGGUAACGGCUCGGCACCAGUCCGUCCGCCUGAACUGGCCCACCUCCGCACCAACGUCGGCCCCGCGUUCUCCCGACCACCAAGACCGACCAGCACGUUCCUCGGCCCGCCGGCGGGGUUCGACUUUGGGUUCCCCAACACGCCGACCGAGUUCCAGCGGUCGCUGAUGCGGUUCGCGUUCCCCGUGCCGCACGAGAUUGACGGUGGGUGGAGUGUCGAGUACGGGCGGCCGGACCUGGGCUACAUGCUCAAGGAGUGGGCAACGGGCGGGCCAGACGGGAGGGGGAUCCUGGGGAGGAGGACGGCCGUGUUUGUGUGCGGCCCGCCGGCGAUGAGGGUCGGGGUUGCGAAUACCGUUGCGAAACUGCAGGCGGAGAUUUGGGGGGAUGAAAUGCUGGAGGAGAUAUUUUUGCAUACUGAGAAUUAUGCUUUGUAGAAGAGGGGGGGUGCUUUGGGUGGUGGUAGUAAGUAGGGCUGUAUUCGUGAACAACGGCGGUGGAGGAAAGGGAGAGAGGCUGGAACCUGGUGUGGCGUGGCGUUCAGGGGAUACCACAUUGUACAUAUUUCUGAGUUUGUUUGGAUACCAACGCUCCCAGAGUGAGCGAGUCAGCAACUAGGUUGAGUCGCACACACUUUUGCUUGGACUUUCUACUGUCAUGGAUUAAUCAGGAUGGGGCUUCAGCUGCAGGACAUGAACUGGCCUUGUUCUUUUGUUGCUGGGGGCUCAGCACUCGGACUUCAUGCUUCAUCUAAUGGAAAACUUGACUUGAUUCUCUCUCUGCCAUCUGUGUCAGCGUACAGCUCCCAAAUCAGGAAACCGGGUGUUGGAUAACUUGGGACUUUGUACUUUGCUAGG